GGGCAGCCGGGCGGACCCGCCGCCGCGGGAGACGCGCUCUGGAACUUCGAAACAGCUGUGCGGGAGAACGUUACCAUUAACGGGCAACCCUGGGAGGAGACUUCGGAUGACUCCGAGCUGCAGACUGGUUCCAACAUCAGAAUUCUUGAAGAUCAAUUUGAUGAACUAAUAGUAGAGACAACAACAAAGCGUAAGCAGUGGCCUAAAAAGAUACUGAUGCAUGCAAUACAAACCAUGAAGGCGGAGCAAGAGAUGUUGAAGCUCUACCAGCCUUUUGUAACACCAGAAGAGAUAAGAUCCCAGCCUUCUCAAGAUGCUUACAUCGCAGAUCUGACGCAGGUGGCAGAAAUGGCAUCCAAACAGAUCAGUGGGGCAAUGAAGUCUCUCCCAGCGCUAAUAGAAAGAGCAGAAGGUUUUUCCCAAGCGUUAACUUGGCAACCAACCUUGGAACUCUGCAAGCUGCGGCAAGAAGUCUUUGCUGGUUGCAAGGCGAAGGAGGAAAAUAAUGUCCAAAAUUUCGUAUCACCAGGAGAAGUCACACCAACAGACACUGAUAGCAGUAAAAAUCCUUACGUUUUGCUAAAAAGAAAAAAAGCUGUAGAUUCACCAGAAAGAAGACGCUACCCACUUCGACGGAGGAGGAUUACUCUCAGCACAUGA